AUGGCUAAGCUACUUGGUUAUCGUCUUUCUUAUGCCCUCUCCUUCCUCACCCUCUUUGCCCUUCUUGUUUCCACUGAGAUGGUGAUGUUGGAAGCAAAGGUCUGCCAAAGGCCUAGCAAGACCUGGUCCGGUUUUUGUGGAAGCUUGAAGAACUGUGAUCGUCAGUGCAAGAACUGGGAGGGUGCCAAGCAUGGAGCUUGUCAUGCCAAAUUCCAGGGAGUUGCAUGCUUCUGCUACUUCAAUUGUUAA